CCAAAGAUGCAGCUGAACAUCUUCAUUGUUCUCUUUUUGACUCUUUUCACUGGAGGACACUCGCUCAAGUGUUAUAGCUGUAGAGAUACAUCAGGUUCUUGUAGCACACAGACGACGUGUUCCAUGAAUGAUACAACCUGUGCAAGUGCAACAGUAGUUGGAACUCUGGAUGGCAAUACAUUUACCGCGAAGUUAAAGGAUUGUUAUUUGCCACAGGCUUGUGGAAAUGGAUCUCUGAACUUGGGUGUUUUAAAGUCGGCGGUGUCUAUGCAGUGCUGUAACACAGACCUCUGUAAUAGCCAAGAUGUCCCAGAUUACGACACUCACGACGUCAAUGGAAAACAAUGUUACAGCUGUGAUGAGAAGAGUUGCUUUAACAUUCUGAACUGUUUAGGAACUGAAGACUACUGCAUUACAGGAACAGCAAAUAUGACGUCUCUGCCAGUGACUUUAAAAGGAUGCGCCUCUAAAUCUGUCUGUGAUGCCACAUCACAAGCGACUGAAGGUUUUCAGAGCUACUCCUGCUGUCAGGGGAAUCUGUGUAACAACGCCAAGAGCAUCACUCAGAGCCUUGUUCUUCUCUCAUGGCCUUUCUUCUUCUACAUUCUCUUCCAAUGAAUUCAACAAAACUUCACAUUCUAAAAUACUUUAUAGUGGGACUACAAAUAUUGAUGCUUUUCUUGUUUAUGCAACUGCAAAAUACUGAUACAACAUAUUUGUAACUGUAAUUAGUGUUAUCAAGCAGCAGGUGGCAGCAUACAGACUUUCGUGUUCUUCUACUGAACUGUGGCCUCCUGUACAAAGUUGCUUGUUGUUUGAUUUAAAAACUCGAACUUAAAAACUUGAUUUAAAAAAAUUGUAUUUAUUAACAGUCAGUUCUGGUCCUAGAUUCUGAUUGGUUGAGCUGCAUUCUAAGACAUUCUAAAAUACCCGGUAACCCACUGCUUCUUGGGGCUUAUUGGAUUAAUUUCGCCCCCCUCUACACACACACACAUCUAACUUUAAAACACACUGUACAUGCUCUGUAUAUCCUUUACAUAACUGCAAUAAACCUUUGU